GCGCGGGGGCGCAGGGGCCAGCGGGGCGGCGCGCGCUCCGUCGCUGGUGGGGCCGCGGGCUGGGCCUGGCGGGCUGGGAUGGCACCUCCUCCGCCUUCGCCCCACUUGCUGGUGCUGGCAACCCUGGCGGGGCUCCUGGGUCCCGAUGAGGUGGUGGCUGGGUCGGCGGAGGAGGCGGAAGCCCGUUGUCCCGAGGGCCCGUGGCCUCUGCCCCCACAGGUGUCACCAAGAGUGACCUACACAAAGGCGAGCCCAGAGCAGGUUGAGGAUGUCACCUUCCUGUACCAUCCCUGUGCUCACCCCUGGCUGAAGGUCCAGCUUGCCCUGCUUGCCCAUGUUUGUGUGGCUAAGCCCUCACUCGCCCCUGACUCCACCCUUACUCAGGAUCGGCCCCUGGUGCUGACAGCAUGGGGGGCUGCGCUGGAGAUGGCAUGGGUAGAGCCAGCCUGGGCUACCCACUGGCUGAAGAGGAGGCGGCGGAGGAGGCAGAGGAAGAAGAAAACGUGGUUCCACUCUGACAGCCUUCCUGUGCCUUCUCCCUUGGUGCCAAGCCUGGGCAGAGGGAGGCUGUGCCAGAGAGGGUGUGUGCAGACUUCAGCUUUGGCCUUUGCUCUGCGGAGCUGGCGGCCCCCUGGUGCAGAGGUGACAUCUAGAGGGCCCAGGCAGCCCUCUCCCAGUGGUGUCAAGAGGCGGGGGCUGCGGGCUGCCCUUGGUGUCCAGCCCACUCCUUCUUUCCUGAGGUUUCCCUCUGCUUUUCCGCAGAGCUUGAAGGCCAAGCAGCCCAUGUUGGGAGCCCUGGGGGAAGAGGGUAAUGCCCUAUCUGUGCCCACUGUCUCCCUGCCUUCCGGGGAGCCUGGAGGCAAUGCCAGCUCCAGGACAGAGGCUCAGGUGCCCAACAGGCAAGGCAGCCCAGGGGGCUGUGCCUGUCCAGGUCAGGCAUCACCGGCCCCCCGUGCAGCAGCACCUCCAGGAGCAGCCCGGGGCCCCACCCCACGAACAGAGGAGGCCGCCUGGGCUGCCAUGGCCCUGACCUUCCUGUUGGUGCUGCUCACUCUGGCCACGCUCUGCACCCGGCUGCACCGAAACUUCCGACGGGGGGAGAGCAUCUACUGGGGGCCCACAGCUGACAGCCAGGACACAGUGGCUGCUGUGCUGAAGCGGAGGCUGCUGAUGCUCCCACGCCGGGUCAAGCGCUCCCGCCGGAGACCCCUCCUCCCAGCCACACCGGACAGCGGCCCUGAUGUGGAUAGCUCGGAUUGACCUGCCCCAGCCGGGCUCCUUCUCCCGCCCGGAUGCCACGUGGACCGUGUGCAGAGACGCCCUCUGGUGGCCGACUGAGCGACCCUGCCUGAGCCUUGCAAAGCCUCACGCGUCUGUCGCUGGGAAGGGGUGGCCAAGGGGAGAAACAGCAGCUGUCUCUGCCUCCUUGCCAAAA